AUGAUUGCUAAAUCAUAUGUUUAUAGUGAUUCCUCAUCUGAUGGCAAUAAAAAAAACAAUGACAAAAUACAGACGGGAUUUCUAUAUAAUGAAAAGAAAAAUGAAAAAACAUUAGAAUUUAAAAGAAGGAAAGUAAACAAAAUUAAUAAGAAACUCACAACAGAUGAUGUGAAAUCUAAUAUUUUUAAAAAAAUUGAUACUUUUGAGGAAGCAUCAUUUAAAAAAGACAAAGUUUCUAAAAGAUAUCUUAAUAACAAUGAAAAAGAAAAAUAUUAUAAAGAUAGAGAUAAAAAUAAAAUUAAAAAAAAUAAUAUUAAGGAUAAACAUGUUAAUCAAAAGUAUAAUAUAUAUAAUUCUUCUACAUCACCAGAUAAUUCAGAUAUAGAUAAUUUAUAUAAUCAUAAGGAAAAUAAAAAUAAUCAUAAAUAUAAUAAAAGUGAUUACUCCGAAGAUUCUAUUAAUAUAAGUAUUAAUAUAAAAAAUGAUGAAAGUAAUAAAUACAAUUUGUCAAAUAAACAACAUCAUAAUCGUUACUCAAAUAAAACGUUUGAAAAAGAUGAAAAACAAAAAAAAGACUACUACAAAAAAAAUAAUGAUAAGAUUUUAGAUGAAAUAUGGUACACUAAAGAAGAUGAAUUUGUUGAUUCAUUUUAUAAUAUGGAUAUUGAAGCUACAUAUGAAAAAGAAAAAAAAAUGAUCAAUAAUUUAAAAACAAGAAUAAAUAGUAAUACAGGGAAAAAAGUGAAUCAAAAAAAUUUAGAUAAUAAUUUAUGGGAAUUAAAUAAAUUAAAACAAGGAGGUGUUACAUCAACUUACAAUAAAUUACAACUAGAAAAAAUUAAUGAAGCCAAUGUUACUAAUGAAAUUAAAAAAAUUGUAUUAACCAGAACUGUCAAUCCUCCAUUUAUAGAUAAAUUUAAAUCGUAUAAUAAAAGGUUUGUAAAUAUAGAACAAAGAAAUAAUUUCGAUGAUCAAAAAAGUGAAAAAAAAAAAUCGGAUAAUAUUAAUAAUGAUAAAUAUUAUAGUAAUAAACCUAUUCAAUCCACGUCCUAUUCAACUGUUGUUAAAGAUGAAACUUGUGAUUUUGUAAAAGCAGCAAAAAAAGGUAGCGAAUUCUUAAAAUAUUUUAAAAGUGAAAACGAAAAAUCAAAGGCCAGAGAUCGGUACUGGGAAAUUAGUAAUAGCAAAUUGGGAGAGUUACUAAAAUUGUAUAAAAAUAAAAAAAAAAAUAAAAAUGAUAAUACAUCAAAAGAGGAUUAUGAUAAUAUUAGUUAUAAUUCUUCUGAAAAUAAUAAAGAGGAUGAUAAUGGUUCAGAUGUUUUUGAUUAUAAAAAAGAUAAAAUAUAUAGCAGUUUAUUUAAUAUAGAAAAUAAUAAUAAGGAUAAGAAAAAUACCUUAAAAGAUAAAGAAGAAUUGUUAAAAUUAAAAGAAUCUUUACCCAUAUACAAAUCAAAGCAUGAAUUAUUAGAUGCUGUUUAUAAUAAUAAUAUAAUUAUUAUAGUUGGAGAAACAGGAUCUGGGAAAACUACACAAAUUGUGCAAUACUUAUAUGAAGAAGGUUAUCAUAGGAAUGGUAUUAUUUGUUGUACACAACCCAGAAGGGUUGCUGCUGUGUCUGUAGCUUAUCGUGUUUCGUAUGAAAUGAAUGUAGAUAUUGGUUCUCUUGUCGGUUAUACUAUAAGAUUUGAAGACAAUACAACAAAAGAUACAAAAAUUAGGUAUGUAACAGAUGGUAUUUUAUUAAGAGAGACUUUGAAUGAUAAAGAAUUAGAUAAGUAUAGUGUUAUAAUUAUGGAUGAAGCACAUGAAAGAUCUAUUAAUACAGAUGUAUUAUUAGGUAUAUUAAAAAAUAUAUGUUUAAAAAGAAAUGACCUUAAAUUAAUAGUAACAUCAGCAACUAUUGAUGCAAAAAAAUUUUCCGCAUUUUUUGGUAAUGCACCAAUAUAUAAUAUUCAAGGAAGAACAUUUAAAGUACAUAUAGAAUAUUUAAGAACACCAUGUAAUGAUUACAUCGAAUGUGCUGUACAGAAAGCUAUACAGAUACAUGUAUCAGAUAAUAAUUAUGAUAACAAUUUUGGUGAUAUUUUAAUUUUCAUGACGGGUCAAGAAGAUAUAAAUGCAACAUGUUAUUUAUUAAGUGAGCGUUUUUAUGAAGUAUAUGAAUCAUAUAAGGAAUCGAAAAAUAAUAAAAAGGAUACAAUAAAUAAAAUUAAAAAUAUAUUAAAUGAAGAUAAUAAUAAUAAUAAUAAUGAUAGUAAUAUUAAAAAGAAGGUUGAUGGGGAUAAUAAUACAAAUGAUCAUAUGAUAUAUCCAUUUUAUAUCUUUCCUAUAUAUUCGCAACUAUCUAGCGAACAACAAAGUAAAAUAUUUAAAAAAUAUGAUUUAAGAAAAAUUAUUGUCUCAACAAAUAUUGCAGAAACUUCAUUAACAUUAGAUGGAAUUAAAUAUGUUAUUGAUACAGGUUAUUGCAAAUUAAAAGUAUAUAAUCAAACUAUUGGUAUGGAUGUAUUACAAGUUACACCGAUAUCACAAGCUAAUGCAAAUCAAAGAUCUGGUAGAGCUGGAAGAACAGGUGCCGGUAUAUGUUAUCGUUUAUAUACGGAAAAUACAUUUUUGUGUGAUUUAUAUCAAAAUAAUAUUCCAGAAAUACAAAGAAGUAAUUUAUCCAAUGUUGUACUUUUAUUAAAAUCUUUACAUGUACAAAAUUUAUUCGAAUUUGAUUUUAUUGAUGUUCCAAGUAAGGAAAGUAUUAUUAAUUCUUUGCAUGAAUUAUGGGUAUUAGGUGCUAUUAAUAAUGAAGGAAAUUUAACAGACAUCGGACGAAAAAUGGUUCAAUUUCCAUUAGAUCCACCAUUAUCCAAAAUUGUUAUAUAUAGUCAGAAUUUUCAAUGUACUAAAGAAAUAUUAAUUAUUGUUAGUAUGUUAUCAUCUCCAUCAAUUUUUCUAGAGUCAAAAGAAAAUAAUGAAUCCAUCGAAUCCAAAAAAGAAAAAUUUACUGUACCGGAAAGUGAUCAUUUAACCUUGUUAAAUAUAUACUUACAAUGGCGUUCACAUAAUUAUUCAUAUAGUUGGUGCACAAAAAAUUUUAUUCAAUAUAAAGCUUUAAAUAAAGCAAAAGAAGUUUACUCACAAUUAAUAGAUAUAAUUAAAACAUUAAAUAUAAAAAAUGUUUCUUGUGAUAAUAAAUGGGAACUUAUAAGAAAAACAAUAUGCUCAGGUUAUUUCCAUAAUGCAGCUAAAUUGAAAUCCUUUUCCGAAUAUAUUAAUUUAAGGACAAAUGUUUCUUGUCAUGUACAUCCAAAUUCUUCUUUAUACAAUAUUGGAUAUACACCUGAUUAUGUGAUAUAUCAAGAAAUCGUUUUUACCACAAAAGAAUAUAUGAGAAAUGUUACAACAGUUGAUCCAGAAUGGUUAUGUGAAUUAGGCCCUCUCUUUUUUUAUAUGAAAAAUGUAUAG